UAGGUGUAUUGCACUGUCAAGUUUAUUGCAAGUGCAGUGGUAUAUUUUCUGCGAAAUUGUUGAUAAACCGCAAUAACAAUGCGGGAAAACAAAACACAAUGAUACGGGCAGUGCAGUUAUCGCAUUAAACCGGCUGCUGAGUGUGGGAAAGUUUCUCAGAUAAACUGCCAAUACAAUAAGCCAAAUGCUCUCAAACUCAACUGAAAUUAAAUUAUUGGCUACAACAAACUUCAUACAUUCUGCUAAUCAUGAUGCAACUGGCGGCAUGGUACCAGAAGAAGAUCAGCUCAUACGACAAGGAAGAAUGGGAGACGAUGGUGGAACAGCUACUUAUGCGCGGCACCUACCGCCGUCGCAUCGUCGACUUCUCCUCCCACUCUCGCUCGUACCUCAUUGAUGUGGACUUGGUCAGAGGUUCCUCAUUUCCUAAAGCGAAGCCGACUCUGUCCAUGCGCCGGGUAGUAUGGUUCGCGCUCGCCCGUCUACUCUUCCUACCGGCGCUAUACGCGUGGUGGGCGCAGCAAACUUCACCGAGCUGUGCGCGAGUUCUACUGGCGUUGUGGACGGUGCAGCUCGCGAAUAUUGUUCUGUACUUCAUGGCGCCUACUGAUACUGUGGACCCAAACUGCUGGAUGGUGCCGGCGGGCCUCAUGGUCGUUCUCAGCAUCGUGCACUCUCAAAUCGUGAGCACAACGGAAAUGGAGCUUGCUCGCGUCCGACCACGCGCCACCUACCGUCGGAAACUGCCUCGAUAUUUUCGGAGAGCUCGUUCCGAAUGCGACGGUGGCAGCGCGGGCGGGUCAGGGGAAAGCGGUGCCACGUCCACCCAGAGCAAGCCGUGCGCCAAGCCCGCCAAGUACCGGCGCCGCCAGUCCCGGGCUGACGUGUGCAACACCGUGCUGAGACAACGUAAAAACAAAGAGUUAACAAAAGAAAACAUAAUCAAAAACAUGGAGCCAAUCGCUAAGAAAGCCAUGAAAGCCAAAGAUUCCGACGACGAAGAUUACAUGGCGUGGUCGAAAGACAACUCCACCCCCAUAGUCACAUUCACCCCACCGCCUGACGAAGUUGCACAACCCACGUUUACAUACAAAAAUGUAUUGACUAAGAAGAGACUUGAAAGUUUCAACGUCCAAGGGCAUAUUAACCUAGCGCGAGCCAUGUUUGCCGAAGGCGACGAUGGUUUCGAAAGCCUCAACGGAUAUUACUCCAACGGGAGCGACGACCGACCAAAGGAAAAACUAGUCAACGAACAAAAACCAGUGAUCGAACCAAGUAUUAAACUAGUUCCUAAUCUACUUAGAAAUCUUGGAUGGCUGAAGAAGGAGGAUGAUGAGAAAUCGGAGAAGAGUUUGGAGUCCGACGGGUCCGCGCCGGCGCCCGAGGGCAAACGCGUCGGAGUCCGGUUCAAGAAGUCGUGGGCCGCGGACGCUGUACCAAGGGAGACGAGCGAUGAAGAGUACCCUAUUAAGAAGAAAGAUAAGAAGUUAGAGAAUUACCAGUCAUCUUCGUCCGACGGCGAAUGCUCGGCGUCAGCGCCAUCUAUUGCGCUGCCAUCGCACCAUACCAUGUCGGACUGGGUCGGCCAGACUACUAACAGCGAGGAGAGCAGCUAUGGAUCUCAGUCAGAAGGUGCCCACUCGGACGUUGGGUUCCACUGCGCAGAUAGCUCGUGGGACCCCUUCGCUUUACUCGACCCUACCAGUGAUACAGUGAAAUGUACAAUGUGGGAGCGCGGUUCAACACUACGCGCCGAGCUAUCCGCUGUGGACAUCAGCUGGUACGUGGUAGCGCGGGCCGAGCGCGCCAUGGCGGCCGACGGCUGCAUGUGGGCCGGCCUGCUCAUGGCGGCCAGCGUGGCGCUCGUGGCGCCCGCCGCCAGGCUCCUACAGGUUGCCAUAGAACAAGAUACCAGAAGUGAAGAGGAGCUGCAAUCGCUGUCGCUACUGACUUACAUUCCCUCGCUGAUCUGUAACUACAGUCAAGGGUCUCUGAUCUCAAUAUUCAGCGGUGCUUUUGGUGAUAACAUAUGGGAAAUAACAACAAAUCUAAUAUCCAGCGCGCUUCGCUUCGCGCUGAGCGGCCUAGUGUUCUUCCUGCUGGCCGUGGCGGAGCGCGCCUUCAAGCAGCGCUUCCUGUACGCGAAACUCUUCUCGCACCUCACCUCGGCGCGGCGCGCCCGGAAGAGCGAGCUGCCGCACUUCAGGCUCAACACUGUCAGGAACAUCAAGACUUGGCUGUCCACUCGCUCGUAUUUACGGCGACGCGGGCCUCAGCGCUCAGUGGAUGUCAUCGUGUCGGCGGCUUUUAUGCUGACAAUAAUUUUGCUGGCCUGCGUCAGCGCCCACCUACUCAGGGUAAGCUGGGACUCCAUGACCCUCGAAUCCGGCUGGCUAUUGGAAGCCCUAGUAUGGAGUAGCUGCCUUGGCAUCUACCUACUCCGGCUUCUGACCCUCGGCAGCAACGUGAACCGCAAGUACCGCGGCUGCCUGUCCGCCAUCCUGACGGAGCAGAUCAACCUGCACCUCGCCAUCGAGCAGCGGCCGGAGAGCAAGGAGCAGCUCACCGUCGCCAACAACGUGCUCAAGCUGGCCGCGGAUCUGCUCAAGGAACUGGAUUCGCCAUUCAAGAUAUCUGGAAUAUGUGCCAAUCAUUACUUAUACACUAUUACAAAAGUAGUAAUCUUAUCUGCCCUGUCUGGGGUCUUGUCGGAAAUGCUGGGCUUCAAGUUAAAGCUACACAAAAUCAAAAUCAAGUAGUUUAAUGAAAUAUUUUACUGUCAAAAUGCACGUUGUCAAAGUAGGUCACAGGAAAAAUAAAUCUAAGCUGGUGAUUUUCUUAUCAAGUUUGCACGUUUACGACUUUAGAUGGUGUUGUUAGUUAUACAUCAAACCAUUUUUACCUACUUGCUUUGUAGUAGCAAAAAUGACAAAAACUUGUUAAUAUUAUCUAGCAAGAACAAAACCUAGCCAUAUUAUUACGCUCGCGCGACCGAUCUGAGGCCCUAGCCAAGAUGAUCAUUUGCGGUAACGAACGCCAAUAUCUCCGUAUAACUUUUGCAUAUUAGUGCAAUAGAGAGACGUAAGACAUGAGCCAUAUUCGUAGUUUUGUCAAAAUAUAGGCACGCGCGUGAAAAAGGGUAUUGGAUACAGUAGAAUUUCAAUUUCAAGCGUUUAAAAGAGUACUAUGUAGAAUCUGUAGAAAAUACCCGUUAUUAUCUUGUGUCUACUUAAAUUACUUAAUCAACGUGUAUUGUAGUCGAAAUAUUUAAUGCACAAAAUUGUUUUAUUAUAGUUCAGUGUUUCUCCGUUUUUGCUGUUCAACAAAGGGAAGCCUUUAGCAAAUGUAUAGAAGAAAAGAAAUAGUUUUAAGUGUCCGUUAUUUCUUAGACCAAAAUCAAUAGAUUUCACGGUUUUCAAUGUUCUACAGUAAUAAGUUAAUAACAGUUGGCAAAAUGUCUAACAUUACGUAGUACUAAUUUUAAAGAAAUGUAUCAUCUUUUACACAUGAUGUAUGUGACAUAAACCAACCAAUCAUUAGUUGGUUUUCAAGAUAUUUCGUCUAUAGCGACUGAUUUUGUACGAGUAUAUACUAGAAAUUAUGUUCUUAUAAUCUCCUAUCAUCAAAAAAUACCUUUGAUAUUUUACUAUCAUUUUGAUCUCAAUAUACCACUUUAAAUAUAUCUUGAGUUGAUAAUGUCGAAAACCGGUGUAACCUCUGCCUUAUUAUAGUAGUA